GCACGCUGCUGUUCCAGCUGCCCUCGCCUAUCUCUUUAAAUGAGACUGAGCCUCUCCGCUCUGCGUGUGUGCAUGUGUGUGUGGAGGAGAAAUUACGAGACAGAAAGGGCCACUGUAGGACUCGGCGAUCGAAAACACAAUAGACAAGCUCUUGUGCUUGGAUGCGAACGACUUUGCAGAGGAGCCGAAUGUGGUUUUCUGUCUAUGGCGCAUCUUUAGCUCGGCGAUUGGACGCAGGACCAGCUCGUAAUAAUUAUUUAUUUCGCCCAUUCUGCGCCGCACCGGUGGAAGAACCGUGAUCGAGGCAGCGACAGCGACGUGCUGAUCAUGGAUUAAUGCCCGAGUGAUUUUUCAUCUACAAGAUUCCCAAUGUUGAACAUGUCCACACCGAGUGAACUGAAGUCCUCCUGUGUGACUCGUAACGGGAUGGUGAAGCUGCCUCCCAGCCAGCCCAACGGCCUGGGCAGUGCAAGCAUCACCAAGGGGACGCCUGCCGCCAAGAACCGCCUGUGUCAGUCCUCCUCUGUACCCUCCAUCCUUCCUCCUCCACCAUCUUCUCUAUCCUACCACCAUCACCACCUGGAUGGUCCAGGUAUGCCCCACGCUGCAGCUCCUCUCCUGCCCUCUGAGCCUGGGAAACCUCUGGUGGGUCUGAAACCAUCUCUUUGCCAGCUUCCUCCUCUCACCCUGCCCAAACCUGUACUGCUGGAGCGCCAGCUCGUUCUGGAUGAGAAGCUGCUCAACCGGCUGCUUUGGUACUUCACCACAGCGGAGAAAUGUGUACUGGCGCAGGUGUGCAAGACGUGGCGCAAGGUGCUGUACCAGCCUAAGUUCUGGGAAGGAGUGACACCCAUCUUGCAUGCUAAAGAGCUGUACACCUUACUGCCCAAUGGGGAGAAGGAGUUUGUCAGCCUCCAGGCCUUUGCUCUGCGUGGAUUUCAGUCGUUCUGUUUAGUCGGUGUUUCAGACCUUGACAUUUGUGAGUUCAUUGACAACUACCCGCUGUCCAAGAAGGGUGUUCGGUCAGUCAGCCUCAAGAGGUCCACGAUCACAGAUGCUGGUUUGGAGGUUAUGUUGGAGCAAAUGCAGGGCCUGAUGCAUCUCGAACUGUCAGGCUGCAAUGAUUUCACAGAGGCUGGCCUCUGGUCGAGCCUCAACGCUCGCCUCACUUCCCUCAGCGUCAGUGACUGCAUCAAUGUGGCGGAUGAUGCCAUUGCUGCUAUCUCACAGCUCCUGCCCAACUUGUCAGAGUUGACCCUGCAGGCUUACCAUGUCACUGACACAGCCAUGGCCUACUUUACAGCCAAGCAGGGCUACACCACCCACACUCUGCGGCUUCACUCGUGCUGGGAGAUCACCAACCAUGGUGUGGUAAACAUGGUCCAUAGCCUGCCAAACCUGACUUCUCUCAGUCUCUCUGGCUGCUCCAAGAUCACAGAUGACGGUGUUGAGCUGGUCGCUGAGAACCUGCGCAAGCUCCGCAGCCUGGACUUGUCUUGGUGCCCUCGGAUCACGGACAUGGCUCUAGAGUACAUUGCCUGCGACCUGCACAAGCUGGAAGAACUGGUGCUGGACAGGUGUGUACGGAUCACAGACACAGGCCUGGGAUACCUGUCUACCAUGUCAUCAUUAAGAAGUCUGUAUCUGCGCUGGUGCUGUCAGGUGCAAGAUUUUGGACUGCAGCAUUUAUUUGGCAUGAGAAGUCUUCGCCUACUGUCUCUUGCAGGCUGCCCCCUGCUGACCACCACUGGUCUGUCAGGCCUCAUCCAGCUACAUGAGCUGGAAGAGCUGGAGUUGACUAACUGCCCCGGAGCAACUGCUGAGCUCUUCAAAUACUACUCGCAGCACCUGCCUCACUGCAUGGUCAUCGAAUAAGGCCCAUGACCGACAGACCACCAUACUUCCUGUUUUUCUCACUCUUAUACUAAAUGCUAACUGCUCCUCUUGUAACACUGUUGCUCAUUACCUGACCCUACACCCAGCCCGUCUUCCUCCACACCACUCCAUUGAGUAGACUGACCCACAGCUGGACAGAGAGGAAGGAACUCAGACGAUGGUACGUGCCAGACCGGGACGAUAAUGGGAUGGUAUCUGAGGAGAUGCUGGAGUAAAGAGUUUGAUGUAACAUCUCGUCUCAGAGCAAGUUUUUUUUCUGGCUGUUGUCUACAGAGAAGACGGCAUCUUCAAAGACUCUGAUAGUGUUGACUUAAUGGAUACUGAAGCGAGUGACGGGCAGAUGCAACACGGGAAAUAAGAGAAAUGGAAAUAAAGAUUGAUGUGUUUUAGCUGUUGGAACUUACAUACGCGGUCACACACCGUAAACAUCCUGUAUAUGGUGAAAGCAGUCAGUGUAAGUCCUCAACACCACAAGGACUGACAUCUCAGACUGAACCCAUCAGUUGGUGUAAUAUAAACGCUUUAUUCAUUCUUUUUCUCAGAAGUAUUUGGCGCUUCAGUUUUCUUUGUUUCGGGAAAGCCAUAUGUCAUCCCACCAUACACCACAUGCCAGCUGGAAAAAAACAAGAACAGUUCAAUCAGUGACGACAGGGAUGGGAACAUCUCUCUUUUUCUCCUUUGUGUGUGUCAAGUGUUCGUUGUGGACUUGGAGCGACCCAUCAUAAAACCACCACUCCUAAAGUAAUAAGAAACCACAAACAAACAAUCACAUCUGUUUACGUUUGGUUUGAUUUGGGGGUUUGCACUCUGGUGUGUUCCAUUUGGUUUUGUGCUCCUUUCUACACUUUUUGCACACAGAUGUAGUUUACAGGCCUGGAGGAGACACGGUGAGAGAGUCUGCUAACGAUAUGAUGCUCGUGUCUGAAAUGGUGAAUAGAAGUGAAUUACAAAUGUGACGGGACAUGUGCUCUCAAGUUCAGUAAAGGGGUUCACAUUUGACUCCCUGAACUUUGAGUGUAACGUUUAGUGUCUGAAUUUGAAAUUGAGCUCACUCAAGCUACUUAUUUAUUGUGUGCAGUUUGCUAAAGCCAGGUUACUUCCAGCAGUGAAUGCAGGUGGGUUGCUGUUGGUGUUCAAAUCAGAGAAACUAUUCAAAGCUACUUUCAACUAUUAGAACAAUGUCCAGUAGAAACAAGAGUCUCAUUGGUGAGAAAUGUUGCCACUAAGCCACAGUCAGAGAAAUCAUUUGAUGUAAAAACAAACAGCAUGAAUGAGGUUUCACAUUUUCAGUCCAAACUGGGCUCUAAGCUGCCUUCUGCUGGCCACUGGUUGUGUUUGUAAAAUGACACUGGUAACCAUGACAUCAGUAACUGGGAAUCCCGCCGGUCCCCCCCUAAAGAAAGGAGCAGAAGCAGGCAGGUGUAGGUAUGCCGACCCUAACCAAACCCCUCUGACCCAGUUGACAUCAGCUGUAAACUGUAAAGUGAGCAGCAUAACACUGACCAGGGCUUUGGACUGCUAAAGCGAUAACUACUCACAGUGUUUGAUUCUACGGUACAUACAGUAGGUAAUAAAAGACAAAAGCUCCCCGUAAGCCAAAGAAUCUGAAAGUAAGUCGCUUUCCACCCCGACAGAGAGCCUCCAUCCUGCCUCGCUGGUUGAAGAGACAGUUUGAGCGUCAGCCAUCGUUUGCUUGUGACAAAUGUUGCUUAAAUGUGGCUGCUUGUUUCUAAGUGACGACGGUGAAACGGACCGACUGUACGAACAAUGUAGAGCAUGCAUGUUUUUAGUUGGUCUGCCUUUUUGUUACAGAUCGGUUCCUUUUAGAUGUUCUUCAGCAUUUCUUCAUUGGACAUGAAUACAUUUAUUUAUUCAUGUAUUUAUUUAUUUAUUUAAAUCAGUUUGUGUCUGAUGUAAUUUAUUUAUUGAAGAGAUAUUCUUAAAUCAAUUUUGUGUUUGUUUGAGAACUUGCUUUUAAUCUGGACUUAUUUCAUUUAUUGCUGUCACUGCUGCGAUGAUUAUUAUAAUCACCAUGAACCACUGAGAUCAGUGAAUUGUCAGAAUACACAGAAGCAUCAUAUUUGCAUCUGUUCACUUCUGUUGACUGUGUUCCCCUUUCUUAAAAAUAAGGGAGCAGAUAUUGGCAAUUUUCUAAUUAUUUGUAAUUGUCCUGAAUAUGGCAACAAAAUUUAUAUAUACACACAUAUAUAUAUAUGUGUGUGUAUGUGUGUGCGUGUGUGUGUGUGUGUGUGUGUGUGUGUGCGUGUGUGUGCGUGUGUGUGUGCGCUUGUUGAAGAUUGAAUGGAAGAUUAUUACCACAAUACUGGAUUUGAUUGAUGUAAAUAAGAUCGGAGCAUGAUCCAGCACGCUUGUUCUAACAUACCACUUUUAUUAGUUUAGAGAGAGACUUUUAAAAACACUUUAUGGUGGCAUGAUAAACGGAUGGUUUUCUUAUUAGUCUGACUCGCUGCUUAAGUGAAAAUCUAUUUUUAUACAUCACCACACUCACUUCCAAGUCCUGAUUACCGUGCCCUUUGCAGGUAUUUGCAGAUUAACUCAGCAUUUAUUCAAAUUUCACUCAAAGUUUACGUUAGGAGAUGAACCAAAAAGGACAGUUUAGUCAUGUUCUUAUACGCAUCAUUGAAGUCAGUUUUUAAUGAGUAAUGCACAACGUGUGAUUGAAAUCGCUCAGCUGUCACACUGUGUCGUGCACCGUGCUCCUGCCUCGACUCUGACUCCUGAUCAGCUGUGUUUGUGCUCUGUCAGUAUUUUUGCUUUGGAUGAGCUUCCAACAGCUUCACAUAUAUGUUUACGUAGGAGCGCUGGGAUGCACAGCUGCAUCCUCACGACAAACAACAGCAACAAACUCCAUCAUCUGCCCUUAUUUUGAGUCAUUUCUACUAUAGUAUUGUGUCUACAUCUGAGGAGCGCAGCUUUACAAAAGCAGCCAAAUAAAUAGUUUACUGAAUACGACACGCAGACACACACAGUGUGUGCUGAUUCCUUAUCUGACCAUAUAAUGACUGAGAGGAAGUGCAGGCCUGAGAGCUUCUUGUGUCGUACUUGUACCUGCUGAUGUGGAGCGUUUGAAAAAGAAUCUUUCCUUCUGAACAACAAAGUGGUUUGGAUUCAUGAAAACAUGAAACGAGCUGAUGUGUGUAUAUUUAGUGACAAAAUCCAUUUUGUAAUACUAGUUAAAUAAACAUGUACUGCUCUAAACUACAGGUUGAACUAAGUAACAACAGCUUGUGUCCAAAUAAUCUGAGUUAAAUCACUUCCUGUGCACGUGUUCUGAAGCUCCCAGGCACAUCGUCCUGUUGCCUUCUUUUCACAUGACACACAUGAGCUGAAGUCUAGCCAUCACUUAUAACAUAUUAAUGUAAGGAGCUUGGAAAGAAAAGUGACUGGACUGUUUCUGUUUCUUGAAGAUGUUCCAGCUCUCAUCCAAGUUCUGAGACCAGCUGGUGGAAAGUCCCAGAUUUUAAGCCAGCUAGUGGGACGUGUUCCUUACGAUGGUUGGUGACCCAGUAUCGGAUCUUCCUUUUUUUGUUUUUUUGAAGUGCAGUAGAACUGGAUGCUACACAUUCAGACAAAAACUGCUUUGUCCCAAGGACAAAAAUCCUAACACAAACUAAACAACAUAGUGUAAGCUGUGCAGAGCAGCAGGGAGUGCUCCGAGCCCAAACAGCCACUCUAUAAACACACGGCACAACACAGAAGAGCCACCUCCACAGGACAAGACUCUGCUAUGAGUCUUCAUCUAAAGGUCAAAGGUCACUCUUUGAACACCACUGUGAGACACCAGCUGUCUGCCACCUAAAGUCCAGUCACACGAUAUGUGAUAUAUUCACUAUGUGACAAACCUCUGCUGAUUCAUGCCUUUUUUUACACCUCGGCUCAUGUGAUGAGGCACAUAGUGGGUCAAUGACCCUCUUACUCCCACUAAGGCUCACAUACCUGGGACUGUCCACCAGUUGGUCUCAGAACUGAGAAAUCUUUUUGAAUGAAACGUCUUCAAGAAACUUAAAGAAGUCCAGUCGCUCGUUAGAUUACCAUGUCCUGGAUGACUGAGAACCUACACACACACUUAUAACAUAUAACAUACAUGUGGGCCUCGAGCUGUCAGCCACAAUAUUUUACCAGAGAGAAGAACGACAAAGACAAGGCCGUGCCAAAGGACUCCUCCAGAAUAACUAAGAAAUGCCCGGACGUCCUGCCCCCACGCUGAGUUAAGGGCUGCUUUUUCACAUCAGUCUCAUUUCCCUGUCUGUACUUUGUGCCACAGAGAGGUACUACUUCAUAAUGUGCUGAUCCAAAUGAGGCAAACAGUUCAAUCACAGUUGUACAUUGUGUAAAGUGUUGAGAACAAAAUGAUGUAACUAUGAUGGAAACCAAAAUCCAACAUAACCCUUAGACGACAGGAUUCAAACCUGCACCAUACGAUGAUACUGAAACACUUUUAUGAGCAAAACAAUAAAUAAAUUAAAACU